AGCUCGAAGAGCGGUGUGCACUGUUCUUAGACACUUCUGUUGCUUUCUAAGUUAUGAACCUCUCGUGUGGCAAAUUCCGCCACAGCGUCUAGCUAAAAUCGAGAGCCUCUCAACUCACAGCAACCAUCCAACAUCAUCCAUCAACCCAACGACCACGAAUCCAAAGCGAAGCUCCUCCACGUGUACCUUAAUUUCAAACUGAAUCCUCCUCCACAAAAACUCAUCUCAGCCUAAUUCCAUCUCUCGGUUCACCCACAAUGAGUGACACCGAGAUCCCCAUUGUCAUCAAGCAUGCCGGAAAGCGCUACGAUGUAACAGUGGACACGUCUCUGCCAGGCGAGGUUCUCAAAGCGGUUCUCUUCUCCCUCACGAACGUCGAACCGGAACGCCAGAAGGUCGUGGUGAAGGGUGGCCAGCUCAAGGAUGAUACCGACAUGUCAAAGCUGGGCCUCAAGCCGGGUCAGGUCAUGAUGAUGAUGGGUACGCCAUCGGGCAAAGGUAUCCAGGCACCAAAGGAAAAGACUAAGUUCGUCGAGGACAUGACGGAUGCGCAGCUCGCUCUCGUAUCGGGUGCUCCUCCCUCUGGUCUGCAGAACCUCGGCAACACCUGCUACCUCAACUCCACGCUCCAGGCGCUGCGAUACAUUCCAGAGCUUCAACAGGAGUUGACGAGAUACAAGGAGCAGACGGGAGAAGCUGGUGGCAGCGGGUUCGGAAGCAGCUUUGCAAGCGGCUCGGGAGGCCUGUUUGGAAAUCUGGGAGUGGGAAGCGUCGGGAAUCUUGGAGAUCUAGCUGGUGCGAUGCGAGACCUCUACCAGAACAUGGGCGAAACUACAGCCGGAGUUCCACCGCUGGUAUUUUUGGAGGCGCUGAGGCGGGCGUUCCCACAGUUCGCGCAGAAGGGAAAGGACGGUCGGUAUGCGCAGCAAGACGCUGAGGAGUGCUACUCCCAGAUCCUACACUCACUCCGUACGAAACUCCGCAUCAAGAAUGAAAAUGAAGAUACGUCGUUUGUGGACAAGUAUCUCUCUGGAAAGAUGAGUUCGACUCUUAAGUGCAUGGAGGAUGCGCCGGACGAGAUGCCUAUCGAGACGACCGAGGAAUUUUCGAACCUCAAGUGCCAUAUCACCAACAACACCAAUUUCCUGAAAGAUGGAAUUCUGGCUGGCUUGAAGGAGCAGAUUGAGAAGGAGAGCCCUACGCUUGGACGAAAUGCCAUUUACGAGAAGUCUAGUCGUAUCGUCCGUUUGCCCAAAUACCUGACGUGUCACUUUGUCCGCUUCUUCUGGAAACGCGAAAUCAACAAGAAAGCCAAGAUCAUGCGCAAGGUCACAUUUCCUUUCGAGCUCGACGCUACAGAAUUCUGUUCCGAUGACCUCAGAAGCAAACUCAUUCCGGUCCGCGAUACUCUCCGUGAUCUGCACAAGGACGCCUCCGACCGUGAGCGCGCUCGCAAGCGUGCAAAGGUCCAGCCAAGUGCCGACGACAUUGCAGGUGGAAAUGCGGGCGCCGGUGGCUUUGGUUCAGGGGCGGCAUCGGCACCUGUGGUUCCCGUACCUGUUGUCACUUCAAUCCUCGACGAGAAGGAGCCGGACUGGCAAGAGGCGCUGAAGGACAAACUUGAUCCCGAGAUCAUGAAGGACGAAGGAUGCAACCCCAGUGGACUGUAUGAGCUCUUCGCGGUAGUUACCCAUCAAGGUGCUAGCGCGGACUCUGGUCACUACUGUGCAUACGUCAAGAAAGACGACAGUGACGGCAAGACCUGGUACUUCUUCAACGAUGACACCGUUACGGAGGUGGAUCAAACCAAGGUUGAGACUUUGUAUGGAGGAGGCGAGAGCCACUCGGCUUUGAUCGUUCUUUACCGUGCCCUUUCACUUACUCCUCCUACUAAGAAGGAUUGAGAUCUAGUUAGUAGAAAAUGAAGUCGACCACAGUACGAUCGUCCGUGUGAAAGGGCAACUUAGACUACUGGCGUUUUGAUAGUUUGUGGCACAUUCGUCUUCUUGUUGUAGUUCGUUCAGAUUAUUGGGGUCUCUAUGAAUGCAAAGAAGAAGAGAGAGAAAAUAUCAAUUUUUUGUCGUACACGG